GGUUGUUGAGGCGCUAUGGCUGAUGGUGCCAGUGGCCUUGCUGAGGCGCCCAAGCCGGGAGGCUCCCCCGGCCAGGCGCCGCGGGUGCCGCGCGCCGUCGGGUUGGGCGGCGGCGGCGGCGUCGUGGAGACCCCACGGACGGCGGCGCUGGCGCUGCGCUUCGACAAGCCUAUCAAGCAGGCCUUCUACAACACGGGGGCCGUGCUGUUCGUGUGCCUGUGCUGCGGCGCCGCGGUGCUCGUCUACUUCAUCCUGGAGGCCUUCCUGCGGCCGCUGCUCUGGGCCGUGUUGUGCGGGACCUUCCUGCACCCCUUCAAGAGCUCGCUGACCCGCCUGGGCCGCCACUGGCUGCACCGCCUGCACCGUGCCCACACGCCCAUCGUGCUGGCCGCGCUGUUGCUCCCGCUCUGCUUCGCCGACUACGGCGUGGAGGCCCUGGGCGAGCAGGCGCUGCGCCGCCGCCGCCUGCUGCUGUUACUCGGCGCUGGCGGUCCGCUCCUCUACGGCUUCUACUGUCUUGGCAGCUACCUAGGCGUGCAGGUGCUGCUGGCGUACGUCGGCGCGCUCAUCUGCCGCGGGCUGGACUACUUCAGCAGCCUGUGGAUCUGGACGUUGGUAGUUGGCUAUGUGUUGACUGUUUCAUUCAAGUGGAAUGCAAGUACUGAACGCUACUUGAGAGCAGUUUCAAUUCCUGUCUGGAUUAUAUUGCUUUUUCAUUUAGCAUCCUUGGCUGGCUCCUGGAGAAUUCCAGUAUUCCUGGUUAUUGUUUUCCUCAUGUCUGUGGGCACCCUCUAUGAAAAACAGAAUGGAAAAGAGUCUUCUGGGGCAGAGCUACCAGGGCAAGUUAUCUCCAUGGCAGCUUCCACCCUCGCUACCUUGGCCAUCUCUCUCACAGGCUAUGAAUCAAGCAGUGAAGACCAGCCCUCGACUCAGCCUACAGAAACCACGGACAGGGAACCUCCUCCAAGAUUGUCCUCAUCUUCUUCAGCUUCCACUCCUUCACCCACUCUGGGCAGACAAAGACCUGAAAUUGGAACUUUUCUUAGAAAGAAGAAAACUAGUGAUAUCUACUUUGUGUCUCUCGUUUGGGCCAUCAUUGUUGUCCAGAUCUGGUUGAACCUAUGGAUUGUGCAGUUACUGCCGGUGCCUGUUGCAGUCUGGAUACUCAAAAAACUUGUGAUUCACUUCGGAGUUGUGAACUUCCUGGAGAAACGCUGCUACGUGUGGUGGCAGGUCAUAGAACACUUCCUGAAGGAACGGCAGGAAGCUCUAGCACCUUGGCCAGUUAUCGGACUUGGAAAAUUCUUGUUAAAAGUUGAUAGCAAGCUCUGGCACUGGCUAAAUAAGAAGAUGAUCAUCUGGUUGGAGAAGAUGUUAGACAAAAUAAUUAGCAUUUUCAUCAUAUUUUUGUUAGUGAUAGGAACCCUUCUUUUAGCUCUGCUCCUGACUGCAAAGGUACAUCAAGAGAGUGUACACAUGAUUGAAGUCACAAGUAAUUUGAUUAAUGAAACACUAGCAAAUCACCCGGAAUGGGCAAAUUGGCUUCCUGAGGCUCAGGUAGUGCAAAGAGCCCUCAAUUCUGCGGCUAACAAUGUGUAUCAGUAUGGACGAGAAUGGAUAACGCACAAGCUUCAUAAAAUUUUAGGAGAUAAGGUGAACAAUACUGCUGUAAUUGAAAAGCAAGUACUAGAACUCUGGGACAGACUGUAUCACUCUUGGUUUGUAAAGAAUGUAACACAUUCUGGAAGGCACAAAGGACAGAAGAUGCAUGUAAGUCGUCAGAAUAGCUGGCUGGGAGACAUUCUGGACUGGCAGGAUAUCGCUUCCUUUGUUCAUGAGAACAUUGAGACAUUUCUUUCGAUUUUAGAGUCUCUGUGGAUUGUUAUGAGCCGGAACGUAAGCCUGCUUUUUAGCACUGUCACUACGCUCCUGACCAUUCUCUUCUACAGCGGGACUGCCCUUCUCAAUUUUGUACUGUCUCUGAUAAUUUUCCUGACCACACUAUUUUAUCUAUUAAGUUCCAGUGAUGAGUACUACAAGCCUGUGAAGUGGGUGAUAAGCCUGACACCAUUAUCUCAGCCAGGUCCUUCUUCUAAUAUUAUUGGCCAGUCUGUGGAAGAAGCUAUCAGAGGGGUGUUUGAUGCUUCCCUCAAAAUGGCUGGCUUCUAUGGAUUGUACACCUGGCUGACUCAUACUAUAUUUGGCAUCAAUAUUGUAUUCAUACCAUCAGCUUUGGCAGCAAUCCUUGGAGCAGUGCCAUUUCUGGGGACAUAUUGGGCAGCAAUACCUGCAGUUCUAGACCUGUGGCUUACACAAGGGUUAGGAUGCAAAGCCAUCUUACUGUUAGUUUUUCAUCUCUUGCCAACAUACUUUGUAGAUACUGCAAUCUAUUCUGAUAUAUCAGGAGGUGGCCAUCCUUACUUGACUGGUUUGGCAGUGGCUGGCGGAGCAUACUACCUAGGCCUGGAAGGAGCAAUCAUCGGGCCCAUACUUCUCUGCAUACUUGUGGUUGCUUCCAAUAUCUAUAGUGCCAUGCUGGUGAGUCCCACGAAUUCAGUGCCUACGCCAAACCAGACCCCAUGGCCUGCUCAGACUCAACGGACUUUCCGUGACAUUUCUGAUGAUCUGAAAUCUUCAGUAGAGUGACAUGGCUUCCACUGUUACGAUUUUCGUAGGAAGCUCAACCGACAGUGAGUUGGGCUCAGCUCUGGCCUUCUGUCGUUUUAGCUGUGCCCAGCAAGCAGAGCCCAGAAAAGAAGCAGAAACCUCCUGACCUUAUAUACAGAAUGCCUGGACAAGAGAGAACUUGCUGUGGGCUGCUUUGCAUUUUAAAACACAGCUUUAGAGCUUAGAAAUGGGGUUUGCUCACUUAACUGUUUCUAAAAUGGCUUGAAAAGUUUCAAUUUAUACACUGGUACCAUGGCUUGGAAUUUUCCCACUUUGAUUAUCUGUAUUAUUAUAUGUAUUUAUAAAGUUAUUUUAAGAGGUCUAACCUACUCGCUAUUAAAGGUGUAUACUGUGUAAUUUUCUCCCGUUUAAGAAACUAUUCUUAAACUUUUCUCUGACAGUCACUUUUCAAUGAAGAGAAUUUUCACCUUUCAGUAUGUAGCUUUGUGAGCUGGAAAAAUGAGUUUUCUUCCCUGCUGUCACUCUGUGGAGAGCCCUGGUGGUGCAGUGGUUAGGCACUCGGCUGCUAACCGAAGGGCUGGUUGGUUGAACCCACCAGCAGCUCUCCGGGAGAAAGAUGUGGCAGUCUGCUUCUGUAAAGAUUAUAUCCUAGCAAACCCUAUGGGGCGGUUCUACUCUGUCCUUUAGGGUUGCUGUGACUUGAAAUCGACUCAUUGCACUGGGUUUGGUUUUUUUUGGUUAUCACUCUUUAUCCUCCCGGGUUUAAGAAAGAACAAAUCUUAAGUGUAGGAGUGGGUGUGGCUUAUUUGAGGUUCAGUUGUAUGUUGCAAAUAUAGGAGAUAACAAAGGUUGAAGCUCUUUCUCCUUUCCCUUUCCCCCCAUCUCCUAUUACACCACUAUUAAAUUCCUAAAACUUGGCUGACCACAUUAAGUACUCAUUAACCUGCUAUUAAUGGUAAUUAUAUGAUAGAAUUCAUGCUGUGAUUAUAGUUUUUUCUCCUCUAAUGUUUUGGUUUUGUUUUUUAAGUGAAAAAAAUCUCAGGAAUAGCUAUACUCUGUUUUGUUACGUGUAUCCCUGUUUCAUUAUUUGAAAUUCCACUGAUUAGUUACUUACUAGCAGUAGAAUUUUGUAUUUAUGUUGUAUUUUUUGAUCAUCACUUAGCACAGAGCCUUGCACAUAAGACACUAUAUGAAUGGUUGUUGAAUUAAAUUGUAACUUUUCAAAUAUCCUAGAUAUUAUUAUAACCAGCAUAGUGUUUUACAUUUUGCUAAGCCUUUUUGUGUAUGUUAUUUCACUACCCUUUCACAUCAGCUUUCAUAUAGUUUCACAUUAUUUUACAACAGUUUCACAUAAAUGGGGAAGCUAAGGUUUAAAAAAGUUAAGUGACCAACUCGAAGUCAUAAAGCUAGUAAGACUUGACCUCAGGUCUUUCUGACUCCAUAACCUGCAAACUCUGUUGUGCUACGGAGCCUUCCCUCUGAUAUCUUGCCCAAUGUUUCCCAAUACUGUGAGUUAGAUUUUGCUAUCCAUUUGUUAUGAAUGAAUUUAGGACUUGUCCUGCAGUUAAUGACAGGGCUGGGACUAGAGCCCAGCUCUUAGCUUUGUGUCCUUUCCACUGUACAAAAACAAUCAUCAGACUCUUCCUCUGCCCCAAGGGAAUAUGGAGGAAAAGGGGUUCACUAAGAAGUAUAGUUAAUAAUAAUUAGCUUAAAUGUGUUCUGAUAUUACUUAAGAAAAACACAUCUGGAAAAUGUCGCCAUGAGUUCUUUGACCAUGAGUAGACUACAUGCAGAUCUCUUGUUUUUAUUAUGAAUCCUUCAAUAAUUACAGUCUGACAUUCUGCCAUUUGUUAGAUAGCUCAUUCUGUUCUUUAGUCAGUUGUUCAUUAAUUCAGAAAUUUGUUGAGAAUUUGCUAAACUCUAGGCUCCACUCCAGGCACUGUGCAGGGUGCUAUAGGGAGAUAACUCAUUAGAAGGCCUUCUUUUCAUCUUAAAUCUUGGCCAGAUAACAUGUAAUGCUACAUUUAAAAUUUUUGCAUUAAAAGGGUUAAAAAAGAAAUCAGGUUUGUUUUUUGUUCAUUGUAUAUUGAUAAAUUUAUAGCUGUAGUGAGCACAUGUUAAUAAGAGACAUAUUGUACACAAUGAAUUGGUGUACACGAAUUAUGUUCCUCUAAAGUGCUUUUGGAGCCCUGGUAGCACAAGUAGUUAAGAGAUCGUCUGCUAACCAAAAGGUCAGCAGUUUGAAUCCACCAGCCUCUCCUUGGAAAUCCUAUGGGGCAGUUCUACUUUGUCCUGUAGGGUCGCUAUGAGUCGGAAUCUACUCGAUGGCAAUGGGUUUGGGUUUUUUGUUUUUUUUUUUUUGUAAAGUGCUUUUAGCUGUAUAAAGUGGUACUGUGAAUAACUAAACUUAAGCUAUUGUGUGGAUGUUGCUGGGCAUAAUUGUUAGGAUGAAUACGGAGUUUUUAGGGGGAAACUCUGAGCACUAAGAGAAUAGUUUAGAGUUGCCACAAUUAGCAGCAAUGAUGCAAUAUCACCCUGAGAUAUCAGGAGGAGAGGUGCCCCACAGUGCUACACAGUCCCACUCAGGAAAUUUGAACUGCCCCAGUCCUCCAGUGACAGUAUAAGGAAUAGAAAGGUUAGCUAAGAGAAGUGUAACGGGGACCUUCAAAAAUAAGAGAGGAGCAUCCUAGCAUGCCUGCUCUCUACCCUAUUCAAAGACUUUCAAACAUAGUGAAAAGAUUUAAUGGAAUUUUCUCAGGGCAUAGAGACCGAGCGGUAUGAAAAGAGGAAUCUCAAGUUCAAGUCUCAGAGAUAACCUGUCCUCAGAUUCCCAGUCAGAAUUUGACCCAGAAAGAGCAUUUCCCUAGGAACAAACCAUGCAUUGAUGAAGUAGAAGUUGCUUCAGUAAAAACCAAGUCCAUAAAUCCUAUCACAAUAUAUCAUUUUAUAGCUGUAUUAAAGAUUAGUUUCAAGUACACAUUCACUCUUCAUUUGUAAGCUGAAUGGGAGGGGGUGGUACAGGGAUUGAAACCCUCCAUACAGAUGUGCUCCUCUCUUUUCUGAAAGAGGACAGGAUAUGGAAUUUUCAGCAUAAACUCCAUGUCAUCUAAGUCCAAAAUUCCUAUCACACUCUAUUCCUAAAAGUAAUCUCUGUCAGACUGCCUUAGAUGCCAGUCUUGCUUAUUUUUAAAAAUUGCAAGGGCUCCUAACACUCUUUUCUAUGAGAGAUGGUUAGCUGGCAGAGUUCUUCCUUGAUUUCUGAGACCGGUGUGGGUUGACUCUUGACAGUGAGAGGAUACCUGAGAAGUGUUAUGGAGACCCUGUGUUUAAAAACUCUGUAGCCUUAGGGAAUGGCAGCUGUUUAUACCAGUAAAGUGUGUGCUGCUAAAGGGCUUGCAGAUGAGGUCUUCUGGCUAAACUGGGUCUUAACAUGAACUCAUGGUGACCCGUAAGGACUUCCUAGUACCUCUAGUUCCCACAUGGUUGUAUUGGUGCUUCAGGAAUGUUCAGUACUGGGCAAGAAAUACUCAGAAAUUCAGGCCAUGAUGGGUUAGAUUAAAGUAGUUUAGUGAGCUAUCAAGAGCUUUCAGUCUCAGGGUUUACAGGAAGAAUCCCUUCAGGGCUUCGCAUACUCUCAUCUUGAAAGUCUCCCUAGACCCUUACAUAAGUGUUAUAGUGAGACUUAGUGGGUGCAUUUCACAGUGGAAAUAGUUUCUGGUAACAUACUCCGAAAUGCUAGUUCUAGCUAAGAACAAGUACUUUUUGUUUUUACAAUUUCUUGUCUUUAUGUAUUUUGUUAUGAAAAGUAUUUAUUUCAUUAACAUAUUGAGGACCUACAAGAAAUACAUAUAUUAUCUGAAACCACCAAGUAAUUUUUUGAUGGUUUAAAAAUUAAGAUAAUCUGCCUCCUGGAGUCAGAAAUUCUGAGCUAGAAUGGGUCUUACAUAACGAGAUGAUUCUGUCAUUUUCUAGAGAAGAAAACACGUUCAUAGGUUAACCUGACUUGUCUAACACACACAGCCAGUUACAGAAUUCUGAGUAGAAUACAGUUCUUUUUUUUUUCCUCUCAGUUCGUUGUUCUACUUUUUUCCCCUUUUCCCUGUAGUUCAGCAGCAUUUGCCAAAAUGUGUUCCUUAUAGCAGUAGUUCUAAAGGAUGUUAGUAGAAGUUGUAAGAAGGAAAAAAAAUGUGUGGGGGGAAGGGGACUUUAUGGUUGAUUAAAAUUGAGGAAUGCUGAAUUUGUUUUCUUCCUAUAGGACUUCUAAGAGUUUUUAACAUCCGUAUUACCAAAACCAAACCAAACUCGUUACCACUGAGUCGAUUCCAACUCAUAGUGACCCUAUAGGACAGAGUAGAACUGCCCCAUAGAGUUUCUGAGGAAGCGGCUGGUGGAUUUGAACUACUGGCCUUUUGGUUAGCAGCUGAUCUCUUAAACACUAUGCCACCAGGGCUCCAGGACAAACUAUUAUAUGCUGUGAGUUUUUAAGAGGGUUUAAAGACUGUUUUUUAGCCUUCCUUGACUUCAGAGUACCCCUUCCUUGUUUAUUCAGAUAAUCUCAAAGGACUACUGGUCCUUUAGGAAACAUGGCUGUAGAGUAAGUUUACAGCCCUUUAGAAGAUAUCCCUGAUGGAAACACUGAAUAAUAAAUCUGUUACCAUGGUACCGUGUAAUCUUUAAGUUGAGUGAGCUACUAGAAAGAGCAUGUUUGCAGUUCUGAGCUAUACUUACAAGUAUAGAGAUUCUUCUCCACCUGUGGUGUGUAAAGUCAGUAUUUGUUUCAUUUUGCAAGUUUGUAAAGAAUCAGUUAAUGUGCAGAUACAGUGGUGAUGCUAUUACAUUUUAAUAAUGCUUUUGUAUGGCACUUUAGAGUUUUCAGACCCCCUUUUCAUAACCCUGUGAGGCAGAUGUUAAAAGUAUUAUCCUCAUUGUACAGAUGAGGCACUGGAGACUCUGAAAGGUUUGUUGUCAUUUUCCCCUAAGUUUAUAGCAUAAAAUGACGGAGUCAGAAUUUCAGUUACAGGACUUCCGACUCCAAGUCCAGAGUUCUUUCCUCCACACCUGGUUUCUUUCUUUCUUUUUUUUUUUUUGUUUCCGGCUUUAUAUUAUUCAAUGAAAGGUGUGGAAGUAAAUCUGAAAGUAACAUCAUUUUGGCUUAUUAUCAAAUACCAUUUAUUUUCUAUUGCAGUGACCAAGAAAGUAACUUUCAUUGUAGCUAACCCGAAGAAAACCCUUCUUUUGUCCUUUGCAGUGCCACUUGUUUAGGUGACUAAAGUGUUCUUGGAAACAUUAUUUAAUUUUGAAAUCAAGAUUGGAUGUAUCUAGUUGUAAUUGUUAAUGAAACCUUUUGAAAAUUUAUCAACUCAGCAUUCUCAGGCAAAGUAAAGAUGGUUUGAAAGUGAAAAUAUUCAAAUACAACAAUAAAUAUUCUUUAUACUCACAUACAUGCUGUUUCUUAGCUUUAACAUGCUUUGACAACUUACUGAUGUAACUUCUUUGUAAAUGUAAAAUAUUUAUAUUUUGAAAUAAAAUUACCAGU